AUGUUCUAAAAUUCCACUUAUUUACCUCAAUAUCUUCAUUCUUAAGGUCCUCAUAGAUGUAAAUUUGAGUUUUUAUAUAGAAACUUAAAGCAUUAUGGGUCGAGGUGGAAUUGAAAAAAGAAAAGCUAUUGACCAUUAUUCUUAUGCUAUUGACUAAGAAAUAGGAAAGGGAUUCAGUAGUAGAGUGUAUAAAGGUAGAGACGAAAGAACUUUAGAGAAUGUUGCUGUUAAAGUAAGAAAAUAUUUUUGUUUAGGUGAUUGACAUGAAGAAGUUGAAGCAAACAUUACAUAAACAAUUGCUUAAAAAUGAAAUCAAUGCAUUGAGAUCGUUCAAUCACUAGAGCAUUCUCAAGCUCAUUGAUGUAUGUUAAACCUCAAAUAACACUUAUAUAAUCACUGAAUUUUGCGAUUCGGUAUAAUCAUGAUUUAUGAAGGGAGAUCUAGAUAAAUACUUAAGAAAAAAUUUAAAAAUAAAAGAACCAGAAGCAAUUAGGAUAUUAUAAGCAUUAGUUAAUGCAAUAAAUGAAAUAAACUUAAAAGGAUUUAUUCAUAGAGAUAUUAAACCAGCAAAUAUCCUGUUAAAAGGAAAUGAUCCCAAACUAGCAGAUUUUGGAUUUGCUGUUCCUAUAUGGUAGGCAAAAAUUUAACAGAAAAACAUCAACGUGGGUACUCCCCUAUAUAUGUCUCCAUAAGCCUUGAAACAUUAAGACUAUUCUGAAAAAGGGGAUGUUUGGGCUGUUGGAAUCGUAUAUUUUGAGAUGCUUUUUGGUAAAACCUUAUUAAAUUUAGUUAGGUAGAACACCUUUUAAUGCUUAAUCAGAAGCAGCCCUACUAUCUAAUAUUCUUAAUAAAUCUUUAAUUAUACCUUAAACACCAUCUGUUUCUGAGCUAUCAAAAGAUUUUAUUAAAAAAUGCUUGUAAAUUGAUGAUCAUGAGCGAUUCAAUGUUAAAGCUAUGUAUGAGCAUUAAAUUAUUUAAUCAAAAAAUUUUUAUUGUUAUUUGCAAGAUGAUUGUUUCUCACAAUUAAAGAAAGUCAAUACACUGAUUAACAAUUCUUAAGUAAAGAAGAGCAAAAGAAGUUUAACUCAAAAUUUAAAAAGAAAUUGCAAUUAGGAUUUAGGUAAUCUUGAAAAUGAUGCAAAUUAAAUGAAUAAACAAUGUUAUGCCUAAUUAGAUGUUCCUUAAAGGUCAUCAAGUUAAUAUUAAUUUUAACUACCACAACAUAAUAUAAAACAUCCAUUGAAUAUUUAAGUUGAAAAUACUAAUAGCAUUAAUUUGUAGUAAACGUUCUCUCACUAAGAGAGUGAUGGAUAUAAAACUAAUAAUCAAAUUCUUAUAUUUCAGAUAAACUAUUGUCGAUACUUAUUUAAGUUUUCCUAAUAUUUAAUCAAUUCUUAAGUUGUUUAAACUGAAUUCAAAAAUAAGAUCCUAUUUGUAUUAGGAAAAUGUAUUGCUGUUAAAAUCAGCCAAUUAUCUAAAAUUUUGGAUAAAGAAAAUAAGGGAGAUAAUCAAUGUUAACUUUAUGAUUAUGAUAAGUACAAGCAAAGCUAAUCAUUUAAUGGAAUUUGUUUAGCAGUUUCUGAAUAUUAAAUUAAGUAUAUCAACCAUUUCUAGAAAAUCUUGAAAUUAGCAUUAAAAAAUAGUAAAUCUAAUACUCAUAAUAAGAUUUUUAGAAUGAUCCAAUUAUUGGUAACCUUUGCAAUAAUUACUUAUAUGAGAAUAAUACUGUUUAUGAGUUAGUAUUGCAUUAUUUGAAUUUAAGCCUCAUUAAGUUAACCUAGAAUUUAAAUCAAACAACAGCAGACAGAUUUUCUGAUAAGACAAAUGCUGAAGUAAGUAUUCAUUAGUUUUAGUCAUAAUAAUUAUUGUUUAUUUUAGAAGGAUUGAAAAAUUGUAAGGAGUUAACCAUGAUAAUCUGGAAAUGUUAAUAUGAUUUAAUCACUUUCUAAAAGGGUUAUUAAAUUGAUAGAAUAAUAGCAUAAAUACCAGGGCAAGUAAAUCAUAAUUAAUCUGAGAAUAAAAUGCAAAAUUACUCUUGA